UCAUCGGCCAGGCUGCCUGAAAUGUGUGUCAGUGGGGCAUGCCUUUGAUUCUGUCACAUGCAGGCUACACAUGAGCCAGCCGCGGAGGCAUGCCAGCGCCGAGCAGCUCCCCCGCGCUCCCUCCUGGCUAGCGAACAGGAGCGGCUAAUCCCCCCCGAGUUGAACCAGCAAAAAAGCGGCGGCGGCGGCGGCAGGAGCAGCAAGCCCUCACCCACGGAGAGAUCUGACACACGCACACCAAUCAAGGGAAGGAAGGAGGGAGUGUGUGCGGGGGGCGAGGGGGAAAUCUCCCGCUCUUCUUUGGCCCGAGCCUCUUUUUUUUUUUUGCUCGAAAGCACGUGGAAGUCGCCGUCGAUUGCAACAACCCGCUGCCUGCUGGAACCUCAAACCCGUUUUUGCACGGCUGUGGGGCGAGCGGGCGCGCACACCAGCAGGAGAGCAAGCCCAGAGAGAGCGAGAGAGAGAGCGAGAGAGCGAAGGGGGAAAGCCGCAGGGAGUUCCCUCCGUGCUCCAGAACGGUCCUUUGGCUUUCUUGAUUUUUGGCUUGUUUUAGAAGGGAGCGCAAGCUCCUCAUUUAUAUACGAGCGUACGAGCACACACACACCACACACGUACGCAUACAUACAUACAUACACACACACAGAGGCUAGCAAACGCGCCAGCCUCGGAUCGGGGGGUCCCUUUGCAACCUGAGCAGCGGGUGACGUUCACAACGGAAGCAAGGCGACUCCAGCAAAAAGAGUCAGCAUGGAUAACAAUUCGGGCGGUGUGAUCCUUUACGUGGGUUCAACAGCUGGCUCCAGCCCUACUCCGGGCAGCCCUCCCACUGGAUACUUGGUGCCUUCACCUCAACACUCACUGCCAUCCUCAUUGGAAGAACUGACCCUUACUGAGAUUGGGGCCAUCAAGCCACCACGGGCCAGCUCCCCUUCCUCGCCCAAGGUCGCCUUCCAGUUCCCUGAAGGUAUUCGCUAUCCCAGCAAGGGCCAGUCCCCCCCAGCACCGAGCAGAGUCUCUGCGGCCAAACAGAAUGGAGCCACUGGCACCUUCACAAAGACUGGCGGGAUGGUGCUGCUCUGCAAGGUUUGCGGUGACAUCGCCUCAGGCUUUCACUACGGCGUCCAUGCUUGUGAAGGAUGUAAGGGAUUCUUCCGCCGCAGCAUACAACAGAACAUUAACUACAAAAUGUGUGUGAAAAAUGAAAACUGCAUGAUCAUGCGAAUGAACCGUAACCGUUGUCAGCACUGCCGCUUCAAGAAGUGCCUGGCGGUGGGCAUGUCGAGAGAUGCUGUGCGCUUUGGGCGCAUUCCCAAGCGGGAGAAGCAGCGCCUGCUGGACGAGAUGCAGAGCUACAUGAACAGCCUGAACGAGGCCCCGAUGGACGUCGGCCUGAGCCCAGAGGCGGACGCCCCGCCCAGUCCUAAUGCCCAGGAAGAGGAGGCCAUCAGCGCCAUCUCCAGGGCUUACCAUGACAUCUUUGUGAAUGGGCAGGACCGGCUGGGCAAGCCUGAGGGCUCCCCAAGGAGGGGCGAGGCCUGCCCGGCGACCAACUACAACGAACAGCAGCUGAACGGCUCUUACAGCUACGGGCAACCGUACGAGUCCGCCAACCAUCGCGUCUCCAGCUACAGUCCCCAGGAGCCGCCACCCAGCUACGUGGAUAACGGCCCCCGGUGCUUUGGCAACGAGAUCUUCCAGGCCCAGCAGGCCAGCUACCUGCAAAAUGCUGGACGUUACCCGGCCUUUGAAUAUGGCUACCCUGAGGCAAAUCCCCAGAGGGGCUGCCCCUGGCGGGGGACAACCAGCAGAGGCAUUGCCUGUCCUCUGAAUGCCACCCCCUACUGUAGCAACGGCAAGACCAGCCAGCAGGUGUGGGAAGAGUUUUCACAGUGCUUCACUCCAGCCGUCAAGGAGGUGGUGGAGUUUGCCAAGAGCAUCCCAGGCUUCCAGUCGCUCUGCCAGCAGGACCAAGUGAUGCUUCUCAAAGCGGGCACUUUCCAGGUGUUGAUGGUGCGCUUCUCCUCCCUGUUCAGCCCCAAAGAGAAAGUGGUGACCUUCCUGAGUGGGGAAACGUACUCCCUCUGCAGCCUGCGAACCAUGGGCAUGGGCUCCCUGCUGGAUGCCAUGUUUGAAUUCAGCGAGAAACUCAGCUCCCUGGCUUUAGAUGCACAGGAAAUGGCCCUCUUCAUGGCUGUCGUCCUUGUCUCGGCAGAUCGCUCUGGCAUCUCUGAUGUGGAUGCUGUUGAACUUCUCCAGGAGACUUUAAUCCGGGCCCUGAGAACUCUAGUAACUAAGAAGCACCCGGACGACUCCACUCUUUUCCCCAAGCUCCUCCUCCGUCUCCCAGACCUGAGAACCCUCAACAACCAACAUUCAGAGAAACUCCUUGCCUUCCGGAUCAACCCUUAGUUCCUCCUGGACCAACUUCUAAAACCAUGAGUGUUUCAUGGGGAAAAGAAAUGAGAAUCAAUCAUCCAGCAAAUUUAAGGCAUUGGGACUAAAUUUUGCUCUUGGAAGAAGAAGAAGAAAAAGAGGAACAGGAAGCCAGCGAUGAUGAAAGAAGAAGAGCAGAAGGGAUCCGGCAAGGCGGGGAGCCCGUAGCCCAUCGCAGCUGGGAUCUGCUAGAGCAGAUCCCUUCCUAGCAAGGAGGAGAUUAGAUACAGAAGGGAGGAUUUGUGUUUCCCAGACAGCACUCUCCGCUGCGCUGUGCGGAUUGAAGAUCAUUUAUUUGCUAGAUGAGAUCAAGCAAAUGAAUUGGACACAACAUUGUACUGUGUUGUUUCUACAUGCACAUAGAUAUAUGUAUAUAUAUCUCUCCAGUAUAUAUAUAUAUACAUACACAUGUGUGGGUGUGUGCCUGGGUGUGUGUGUGCAUGUGUGCGCGUAUGUGUGUAUCUUUCUGUCCUUAAUGAUGUUGUCUUGUUCAAUAUAUAAAGACAGUGGGCACAUUGUACAUAAUAAUAAUAACAAUAAUAAUGAUUGGUAGCUCUUAAGGACAGGAAAAUCCAAGCUGUUAUUGCAACCUUAGCUUCCUUCCUUAACUUGCAUGCUACCGUUAGCACUACGUCUUUGACUUUUCUUUUGUUUUUUUUAAGCCUCCGUUCCUUUGCUGCUGUCUCCUGACAGAGCACAUGGGGCUUAGGUGCUAUGCUAUCUUAAGAUGUUUGCUAUAGACUACAGAUGUUGCAGGUUAGCUGUUACCUUUCUGCAUACGGUAGAACUGCCCAAGUCGGGCCAGUUUGCCACUUCACCCCUGCAACCGAGCAAGUGGGGCCACUAUGCUCUUUCGUCUUGUCUGCUGUGGGUGUGUCUGUAUCUAUAUAGUAUAGCUGGCUAGCUAGAUGUAUAUUUUGUAUAUGUUUCAAAUAAGCAAACACUCCAAGGGGCUUCCACCAGUUGGUAGGUAGAGUUGCAACUCAGCUCUUCCAGGAGGGACCAAGGCGUACAAGGGAGGCCGUGAGCAAAGGAAAACUGUGGUGAUCCUAGGCGGACAGGGCGAGGGGGGGAGGGAAUUUAUUAGAAGGAGCAAAUGGAAAGAGCAGGAAUUCAUUUGGACAUUUCAAGAGUUGGAGGGGGGGGGCGUCCACGUCACCUUGAAUUAUCCAGUGCCCUUCUAUGCCGAGUAAGGUUUAGAGAAACAAGCAAAGUUUGGAUUAGCCAUUGAGAAGAAAGGGCUAGGCAAAGCAAACACUCCUAAUACAGGUUCUGCUUGAUCUUACUGGUUCCUUACUGGGCAGUGGUGCUUUUUUUUUCUUUCUGAAGGAUGAAGCUGUGAUUAUGCUGUCCUCCAGUUCUGACACCCAGCCUUCCGGACUCUAGCUAUCACUCCCCUUCCAGGGCAGGGCAUCAACCCCCUGAGUCCUGGCAGUCUCCAAGCUGCCUUUGUUAUAUUUAACCCCACCUCUAUUCCACAUUCCCCAAUGUAAGGCUAGACUUUGGGCUCACUGCUGCUUCCCCAUAAAUAGUAGACGGCUGCCUUCCUCAGGUGGCAGAAAGCAACGUGGGGAGGGGUGCUGCCAAACUCUUUCCCCACUCGCUCUGCUUGCAGCUGUGUGUUCUGUGCACUUUAAGUAAUAAUUUUAAUAAGAAUAAUAUUUUUUAGAAAGCAACCAGAUUUUUGUGCCAUGAAAUGCCUAAGUCUGUGACCUGGGUAGAUUCUGCAGAAUUGAAACAAAUGUUGUGUUUGUUCCUUCUGCACAAUUUAUUCUGUUUCUGGUAGUCCUGGUUGGGGCGGGGGCGGGGGGUUAGAGAGGCACAAGAAAGCUAUGCAGGGACAAGGAAACUUGCACCUGCAGAUCUUUGGAACUUCUGCCUAGCCAGUUCCUGGGUUUCUGACAACGAGUCGCCACUCGAUGGUGGCAGACCCCCUGUGUAAAGUUUACAUGUGUAGUUUAGAAGCACAUGGGUCUGUAUGCUAGGGUGGGGGAACAGCUGACCCCUCCCCCAUUUUCUACUCUUACCCCCACCUUUCUUUUCCACCCACACCACAACCCAACCCACCCCGUCCUCUAACAAUUCCUUCUGUUACCGGCUGAGAAAACAGUGCCUGGAGGGAAAGAGCUAUGGAGGGGAAGAUAACAUGCUGUAGAGGAAGAGCAGUAGUUAAUUUUUCUCUUAGGAUGUCCUGUUUCAGUGGCCCUUCCCGUUAUACUUAGGUAGUGGCACAACACUGAAGAAGUGGACAAAGCUCUGCCACUUUCCUGUUAAGUUUGGGCCUCCAGUUUCACUAGGCAAAGCCCAACAUUUUCAAGAUUUUUCUCCCUGCCCGAAAAGGCUAGACACCUUCUUUUCCAUUCUUUUUUUUUUAAAAAAAGAGUCAGAACAAAUUAAAAGCUGGGAGUUGCAGGUUGCUGAAUUGUGUAUCUGAUCCCAAACGCUUUUGUUGAAGCAUAGGAUUGUGUGUGGCUUUGGCUCUCUCGAUCCAGAGAUCCCAGGAACUGGUUUUUCAAGCUUCCUGUAUCAGACUCUAUAGAGAUUGAAAAGAAGGAGCCAAGCCUUAGGGAAGGAGAGCCUGGAAGAGAUGCACCCAAAAAGGAGGGGGUGCUGGGCUCCCUCUUCUCCCCAGUAGGAUUCCCCAGUGUUCCCACUUGGCUGUGGUCAGCCCUGCCCUGUUCUCUGCAUUGGUACAUAUCAGGUUUUUCCAUCCCAUUAACAGGAGCUCUCAUAGCACGUUUCGAUCACUCUCCUGUGUGCAUGAUGUGGGGGAUAUUGUUAGUGUUCUUUGCAAGGUGGGAGGGACACUCUUGCUACUGUUGCUGCUGCUGUUCAACACUGCUUUUAAAUUAAAAAAAAAAACCAAGCAUUGCACUUUUCUUAGAAAUCUAGAGGAAGAAGAAAAAUAUGUAUGUUUAUUACAAAGAAAUUCCCUCCAUGAACUGGAGUAUAUUUGCUGCAAAGGGAAAAAUGGAGAGGAUUUUACUUGCUGCUGUUUUGCUGUUGCUGCUGGGAGUCCUGAAGACUCGCAAAAGAUGUUGACAAGGAAGAGACAGAGAGAAAGAGAGUUUAUUUUUUGGUCUAAUAUUGAAGUGCAAUAAAUACAUUAAAAGAUAAAUAAAAUAAAUACUUGCUUA